UGUGACGCACCGAACAGCGACCUCAGGCGCACCGAGCAGCGCACAGACGCGCACAGACGCAGAGUCCGUCCACCAUGGCGCUAUCAAAUGUCCUCGACAGUCCAGCAGCUGGAUUCAACUUUGACAACGCGGCCAGAAACGCUGCAUUUGAGGGUCUGUUUGAGGGGGGGCAGACCCCCAAACCUCUGAAAACUGGCACCACCAUAGCUGGAGUCGUGUUUAAGGAUGGAGUGGUUCUGGGAGCGGACACAAGAGCCACAUCCAGUGAAGUGGUGGCAGACAAGAUGUGUGCCAAGAUCCAUUACAUUUCUCCAAACAUAUACUGCUGUGGAGCAGGAACAGCAGCAGACACAGAGAAGACCACAGACCUGCUCUCCUCCAACCUCACCGUCUUCUCCCUGAACAGCGGCAGGAACCCUCGUGUCGUCAUGGCCGUCAACAUACUGCAGGACAUGCUGUACAGGUAUCAUGGCCAGAUUGGUGCAAAUCUCAUUCUGGGAGGAGUGGACUGUACAGGGAACCACCUGUACACUGUGGGGCCUUAUGGCAGUGUAAAUAAGGUGCCUUAUCUGGCAAUGGGAUCUGGUGAUCUGGCUGCUCUUGGGAUUUUAGAGGAUCGUUUCAAGCAUGACCUUGAGCUGGAGAAGGCGAAGGAGCUGGUUCGAGAUGCCAUUCAUGCAGGCAUCAUGAGUGAUCUCGGCUCCGGCAACAACAUUGACAUCUGUGUCAUCACCAAGCAAGGAGUAGACUACAUCAGACCCUUCCAGGAGUCUGAGUACAAAGAGACCAGGAAACCGAAAUAUAAAUAUCGUCCUGGCACCACACCAGUUUUGACAAAGAAAGUAGUCCCUUUAAAACUGGAAGUUGUUGAGGAGAUCCAGCAGCAAAUGGAUACAGCCUGAUCUGUAAAAUUUCGACUCAAAAGAAUCUUCUGUUUCAUCAUUUUGCUUUCCUGUUCUAUUUCAACUGAAACAUAUUUUGAUGAUUGUUUCUGUACUGCUGUUGGGAUGAACAUUUUGGACACUAUAAACUUACUGUAUGAAUGAUCUUGUACUCUCAUUAAAAACCUUUUUACAGUCU